AUGUAUACAAAUGUGUUGCAAAUGUGUACAAAAAAGGAGACCAAGAAGUCAAAAAGCCUAAGCGCGUGUCCUUUGUUUUAUUUUAUCCUAGUUGGUCUAGACAUGUUUCGCCAACUCACAUAUAUUACAAGGCGGACCAAUUCUUCUAUCAAACAUGCCAAUACCACCAACACGGCUACGUAUCUCUAUCCAGAAACCAUAAAAUCUAACUCUGGUCAACCAUUUGAUAUCUGGUUAGCAGAAGCACAUCAUGGUUUGGACGCCUUUUUGGAUGAUCAGAUUAAUGAUGCUCAGGCUAUAUUUCAACAAAGCGCUGCAGAAUCAUCUUUUCACGCAGUUGGAUGUGCUUUUAUAGCUUAUAUUGAAGCAAUAUCGACGCUAGAGCCUGAAAAGAUUCAAUUAGCUCUCUAUCAAAUAUCAUCUGCCGAGUGUCUCGUAAAACAAUCUGCAAAGGAUGUCCACAAACAAUCUUCAAAGCCUACUACAGUUCAAAAGGGAAACUUUGUGCCAGUCUAUGCAGAAAAUGGGCCAGAAGAACCGGUCUGUAUCUCAUUCUCAUCGCCUGGCGUAACUCCAUCUUCUUCCAGUAGCACUCUUGGCGAUAUUGAUGACACCAUUGCCGUCAACAACAAUCGCUUGCCAAACCCAGGUCAGUCAACAUAUAGCUCGCCGUUCAAACCUGACCAGGCUGCCAGUAUCCAGCACAAGCUCCUAGAGCUUAACUGUAUGCUUAUGUACGCAACAUUGCAGCUCUUGCGAGAUAACUGGGUCGGGUAUAUCAAGUCGGCCUACAAGCUGCGUACAGCAUACAAGACUUAUGAACAUCUUUUUCAUCUCAUCACCGGUCUUAAACCAAGAGAAUACGCAAGCCGUCUUCAAAAGACGGGAGAGACUCCAUCAGAUCACUCGAACCCUCAAUCUACUCUUUCGGAACGUCACUGCACAUCAUGUAUGUUGUCCGCCCUAUCAGAUUCUACAGACAGCUCUUUGUGUACAAAGACUUCAAUGAUUGGCGCUAUGCCCUGCACACAUCCCAGGUUACCUAGUCGCUCUUGCACGCUUCCUUCUCUAAGCACUACAGGAUCUGUGCAGGGAAAUAGCGGUUUUGGGAAACGCAGCAGUGUAUUUAGCUUGUAUUCAUUUCGAGAUGUAGAACGUGUACGUAUCAAAAAUUGCGAAGGAUAUAUUGACCCCUUAUUUCGUCAAUCGCCACUCAGCCAAAGUUCACACCACUACCACAAUCACAAUCACAAUCACAAUCACAAAAAGACAAACCAAGCUGAGAAUCAAGACAGUGUGGAUCCAACCCAGGCAGACUCCAUGAUCAAAAGUGGAAUUUUUUUUGGAAUUGGUGCCUUUAGCUUGAUAUUUUCACUUCUUCCACCGAAAGUGAGCAGAGUCUUGAAUACACUAGGCUUCCAUUCCUCUAGAGUUUUUGCUAUCGAUGUGUUACAACAGUCUUACGAGACUAAAGGACUCUAUGGUGAUUUAUCCGGCUUCUUUGUUCUUUCUUAUUAUUCAAGUCUGUCUUUCUUUGGCCAUAAUCGACUUUUGCCACAUUCUCUGAAAUCAGAGGAUACACGAAACAUGCUUGAUCAAUUAAAAGAAAAACAUCCACGUGGAAAACUGUGGGAUCUUUUGGACGGUAGGAUGGUAAGAAUGGAAGGAAAUACCGAAAAGAGCGUUGACCUUCUCAGAGACGCUCGACGAAGAAACUGUGCUUGGUACACAGCGGGUACACCUGGGAAGAAUAAGAUAGACAAGUGGUAUGGAUUUGACUUUGGCCUGAGCGCAACGGAUAAAAAUAUGCAGCACGGGGCGACGAUCAGUGAUUUUGGACAAUUUCAGAUGCUGGCGAUACAUGAAAUGGGAUGGGGCCAGAUAUUUCUAGGGAACCAUUUUCAAGCAUCCGAGACCUUUUUCCGGCUAGAGACUAUGAACCUUGGCUCAAGCAUAUUCUAUCAUUAUAUUGCUUCAUGUUGCAUGUUCGCUGAUGGAUCAUACGAUAAGGCUGCCCUGGAGUUUCAGCAGAUACCCAGCCUAAUUGAACAGAAGCGGCGUGGCGGUAGAAAAGUGUUGCGCAAGGAGCGAUUUUCUGAGCGUAGAAUAGAGCGUUGGAUAGAAAGGGCACAGGAAAUGGAGCCUAGGUCGAUCCUAAAUGGGACUUCUCUCCGACGAGCUGUAUUUCUAGAGCCUCUUUGGGAACUUAUCUACCUUUGGAACGGGUUUUCGUUACUCAAACCAGCUGCACUCACGGCAUUGUACAAUUGUAUGGAGACAUGCAUGGUGCGACACCAGAAAAUCUUGACACUAUCCGAAAUUGCAUUAUUAUACUUGAUGUUGGGUGUAGUGACCCGAGAAUUGGGUAAUUACAACUAUGCAGAAGAUUGUCUCCGAAAAUCAAUAGCACUCGAAACCAAGUUGACAGAAGAUCGCUGGGUGAUCUCAUUCUCUUACUAUGAAAGUGCCAUCCUUUACUGCCUUCGAGAUAAUAUCGCAAAGGAUAAUCAAACCAUAGACGGAACAGAACUUAUUCGAAUCCUCCAUUGCCGCUCUAUUGCUCCUCUGACAGAAAAGGACUCUUCCGGAUCUAAGAUGUCGGGUCAAGAAGGGAUCGAUUGGGGAACCAGGCUUCAUAUUCGCUGGCAGCUGCUACUCGAAAGACUAGAACGAUCUUAA